AUGGGCCUUCCGCAAAAGACAACCCGCACGAAGACGCGCAGACGGACAAGAGACGUCGAUCAGGUCUCAGCAGACCUCCGCUCUCCCAGGCACCUCGAACUGCACAAGGCCACCAAGGCCGUCGAGGACCUGCCUGGCCUCGGCCAGUAUUACUGCGUCGAAUGCGCAAAAUGGUUUGAGAGCGACCACAGUCUGGUCACCCACCGGAAGGGCAGCACGCACAAGAGAAGGUUAAAGUUGCUGAAAGAAGGCGCCUACACACAGAAGGAGGCUGAGGCCGCUGUUGGUCUCCGAACAGACAAUGGGCCCAGACAGGCAGCGAAGGACAACACGCAAGAUGUCGAGGUAGAGAUGGAGGACUCGGGCUUGCUGGAGGACCAUGUGGCAACCUGA